AUGAGCUCAACGGGCGGCAACUACGGUUCCGUCACCAAUUCGGUGCCGGUCGUGAACGGCGACUCGCACGCCCACGCCGAUGAAGAGCAGCCUCUCCUAGGCGGAGGCAACGGCGCCCGGAAACCGGCCUCCAAGUCUCUGCGGAAAAAGCUCACCACAGACGUCCAGCGCGACUGGGCCGAUUUGGUCCUUUUGGCGUGCUACAUCAUCACCGGCCUGCUCGACAGCUCUUCCAUCUCCAUCUGGGGUUCCUUUGUGUCUAUGCAAACAGGAAAUACAGUCUACAUCGGCCUCGGCCUCGCCGCGCCCACCGAAUCCACCCGCUGGAUCAAAUCCGCCACCUCACUCAUCUCCUUUUGCCUCGGCUCCUUCUUCUUCAGCCGUUUCCACCGCUUCUUCUCGCCCAAGAAGCGCUGGGUCCUCUGCGCGUCCUUCAUCGCCCAGACGCUCCUUUGCAUCGCUGCCGCCGUCAUCCUGACUGUUGGCCCUACGGCGGGCAAGGACGAGAUCGCAUGGAACGUCCUGGUGCCCAUCGCCCUGAUCGCCUUCCAGAGCUGCGGCCAGGCCGUCACGAGCCGUGCACUCAAGUACAACGCCCUCACGAGUGUUGUGUUGACGAGUAUCUACUGCGAUCUGUUCUCCGACGCUGAGCUUUUCAGCGUUCGCAACGCUGAGCGGAAUCGAAGGGUCGGCGCGCCCGUCUUGCUACUUAUCGGUGCUAUCUGCGGUGGCUUGUUUGCGCACAGUUCCCUGGGGAUUGCUGGUGCUCUAUGGACUGCGGCUUUCUUGAAGUUCCUCAUCGUCUUGUCGUGGUUCCUCUGGCCUGGUGAACCUUCGGAUGAAGAGUAG